AAAUUGUUGUUGAUUAAUAUUAAUAAUGAAGAAAAAAAAGUUAUGAGUAUUAGGAUGUUAAUUGAAGUAAUGAUGAGAAUGAUUGAAAAUUUAGACUCCAUUUAAAGACUGGUGUUACUUUGAUUUCUAAAUCAUUUUAUAAACUUCGUACAAUCAAGACACAACAACAAUCAACUUGGUUAAAGUUGUUAACAGUAAUUAACACAGGCUAUAAGUCCAAGUUAAUUGUGCCCAUUUACUUUUAAUACAACAGUUCCUUUUGUGUCUCUGUUUAAUAAUUAAUUUUCUCUGUCAAUUUUAUUGAUAAUUGUCUUUGUAUUUGUGUCUAAUUGUUGGCUAAUCAAUCGUUAUCAUGGCAAAACCAAUCGCGAUCACCGAAUCACCUUUUUUCAAUGCAUCAUCAACUCUAAUUAGUUUAAUCAAUGGCUCGGAAGGUGUCAAGACAAUGGCCAUUGCCAUGGAUGGACCUCCAAUCUUGAAAAAGAUUCACGAUUUACUAAUUACUUCACUUCUUGUCUCUGUUAUGUUUGCAAUGGGUUGUUCAAUUACUUUGGAAGAGGUUUGGAGUCAUGUUCGUAAGCCGGUCGGUGUCCUCACUGGAAUGGUCUCUCAGUUCUUACUAUUGCCGUUUUCGGCCUAUUGUUUGGUCCACAUCCUCGCAAUUGAACCUUUACAUGCCGCUGGUCUUCUUAUCUUGGCCUCAAGUCCAGGAGGGGUCACUUCAAAUCUAUUCACAUACUUUUGUGAUGGCGAUGUUUCCCUCAGUGUCACUAUGACUUCUCUAUCAACUAUCGUCGCAUUGGUCAUGAUGCCUUUUAACGUUUGGCUUUAUGGUCGAUCUCUCGAAAGUGACACUAUUGUCAUUCCAUAUUCAAAUAUGACCUAUUCAUUAUUUUUCCUCACAUGCCCGGUUGCUGGAGGUAUGAUUGUAUUCUGGAAAUGGCCCAAAGUUGCUCCAUUCCUUACCAAAAUGGGCAGUGUUGCUGGUUUCUUGAUCAUUAUCGUUUGCGAAGCUUUGGAAGUCAUGAUUUUCCCUGAUAUCUUUGACGAUAUUCCAGCCAAAUUAUAUGUCGCCGAAUUUGCUUUACCAAUUCUUGGUAUAGGUCUUGGUUUUGGUUGCGCUUCGAUCUUUGGACUUCCAUACGCAUCAAGACGAACUGUCGGUAUUGAAGCAGGAGUUCAGAAUGUCGGUACUGCUCUUGCCAUUGUCUCUCUCUCAUAUCCAUUCGAGCAAUUGAAAAAAGUUUGGAUCUUCCCAUUUCUUUACGCUUUCUCGAUGCUUGGUGUUUGUAUUGUGAUGGCCGUUAUUUUCCAAACAUACAAACGAAUUUCUGGUAAAAAGGUUUACAUCAACGACGACAUCCCUUCAGGUCGUGAUAAAAUCAAAACUGAAUUUGUUGGUUUACCAAUGACAGAACCUGAAGAUGGAGAUCCAAUGAUUAAUAGUGAUUGUGAAUCUGGUUAUUGAUAUUGUUACCGUUGAAGUUAUGGCUUUGCCAAAGGUUUAAUUAACAAUUAAACGAUUCAUAAUCCAAAUCAUCACAAUUAUCACAUCUCAAUAUUCAUCAUCAUUAUCGUUUCUACAAUUGUUUACCUUUCACUGAUCCAAAUCCUCACAACUCAAAAGAUGAAACCAUUUGAUUGAAUUCAAUUUCCUUGUCACGUCAAUCACAAUCAAAUGGACCAAUUCGAAUGUAUAAAUGGUAAUGGAAAGAACUGUUCACCAAGUUAAUCGAAGAUUCAAUGAAAUUCGCAAAGAGACAAAUUUUCAUCAGUAAAUCGCCAUGAAUAAGAUUCGAUUGAGCGAUUAGUUCGACCCCUUCACGGGCCUCGAGUUAAAGUACGAACCAUCAGCCAUUUUGUAACUUUUUGUACUUCAUUUCUCUGUAAUUUUAUUGUACAUGAUAUUUGACCUCAGCGAAGAAAAUGUUUUGUCGAUUUUUUUAUUAUUUCCUUUUCUUUUCUUCGCCCUUCCUUUCGCCCUUUUUCCUUCCCUUCCUACGGCCCGUAUUCGCCGUAUUUGUAUUAUUUUAUCCAUCGAAGCUUCCCCGUGGUCGCUGUUAAAGCUUAAAUAAAAUUGGCGUUAAAAUAAUAAUAA